AUACUUUCAUCUCUGCAACAUUUCCAGACUCCGCCCCUCCCUCUCCAAAGACAAUUCAAAAGUCCUCAUCCACGCUCUGGUCACAUCCCGCAUCGAUUACUGCAACGCCCUCCUCACUUGCACCUCCAAUAAACUUCUUCAUCGCCUCCAAUGCAUUCAGAACUGCAGCCCGGAUCAUCACCCGCACCAGAUCGUCGGACCACAUCACACCCAUCCUCACUCAGCUCCACUGGCUCCCUGUGCACCACCGGAUUAACUACAAGAUUUUACUGCUGACCUUCAAAGCCCUACACCACCUUGCUCCCCAACACCUCUCUGACCUGCUGCUACCAUACACUCCUUCCUUCCUCCUCAGCUGCAAUUUUAACUGUCCCCACAUUUAGACUCAGCACCAUGGGUGCCAGAGCCUUCAGCUGCUCUGCCCCACGUCUCUGGAACACUCUCCCACCUCCCAUCCGUCACCUGGACACUAUCGAUCAAUUCAAAUCACAACUCAAAACACACCUGUUUAGAUUAGCAUACCCGACAUAACUUCCACCAUGUUCACCCUGAUUUUAAUGACUUAAAAUGUUUUGUGUAUUUUUUGUUUUUUUUUUAAUUUUUGUUUUUAAUCAACUUGAUUUUAAUAUUGAUAAAUGUAUUGUGAUUUUAUGUCCUGUAAGGUGUCCUUAGGUGUCCAGAAAGGCGCCAGCAAAUAAAAUGCAUUAUUAUUAUUAUUAUUAUUAUUAUUAUUGUCCGUCUGUCUAUCUAUUCUGCAAUUUGUUGCAACUCUGUUGAAAUCACACGACCCUAUUUGACCCUGCUAAAACAGGCCCAAUGCUAAUUGGCUUGCAAAGAGAAGGGCAAGUUAACUAACAGGCCCUUCUCCCAGCCAUGGAGCAUGGAGCUUUGCCUUAUAAUGAAAACCCAAGAUGGGGUGGGAGAUUGCAACCUUCGCGUGGUCCGCCUUGUUUCAACAAAUACAAUCAACCUGGUGUGCACAAUCAAAUAAGAUCAAAUGGAACAAGUUGUCCUACAACUUUAGCCUGUGCAUGUCAUACGCAAGAAGAAGAACACCCAAGACAACCAGAAUGGUGUCCAAUGAAACUAUUGGGAACAGUUGCCAAGAAAUAAAAAUAGACAAAGCGUGGUUACAGUAGGGUCUCAGGAAGCCACUUUAGCAGUUGAUGUUUGGCUGUGUUAUGGUUAUUCUCCAGUAAGUUGCUCAAGCAUUGGAAAAUAAAGAAAGGUUUUCAUUUCUCUUUUGCUUUUUAAUGAUGCCUAUAUUUGUAAUGUACCUAAGAGCCAAUAAAGUAAUUUUAAAGUAUUUAACCCUUCUUUAGUUCCAACCCGAAAUGUCACCUGUCUGACCUGCUGAGUUACUCCCGCACUUUAUGCGUUUUUUUGUAAUCCAGCAUCUGUAGUCCCUUGUUUCCUUAUCAAUAUACCAUUUGCUUUUGAUUGUUGGCAAGUGCACAACAUAUCUGUGUAUCAAACACACUAUCAAAACCGAAAGAUUGUGGUUUUGCUUCUUAGAAUGGAUGUCCUUGCGCUGAAACGAUUCAGAGUAAAUAGGCUUUGACACUGCCAGAUUAAAUCACCAACUCGGGAUCCCUGUCCGAAUGGGAGAACAGGUGCUCCAUCACAGACCCGUCAGAGUGCCAAUUGUUGGGGUCUAAGUUUUUUUUUUUUAAUCGGUAUUUGGCUCGUUACUUACGGCGAGGAUGUUUUAAUUCAGAUCUGUAUCAGCUGCAAGUACAUAUCGCUGUGAAUGUAACGCCAGAAGAGUGAACAUUAUACAAAUCUGCAUCUGUUUCUUGAGAAAAUAAGAUAUGAACUGGGUACGGAAUCACUCGGGUCCUCCAGUUGACUGUAAUGUAAAAUGAUACCCAUACAUAUGUGGCUCCAGUAAAAACUAAACCACAAUAUUGCAGAUCGAACUAGCCCCAAGCUAUUCUGGCAGAGCUCAUAAACCGGUUGUUUAUGGACGCUCCUAUCAGUCUAACUUUAUUUUGCCUUUUGUGAACAGUGAGUGCCCUGAUUCUAUAUUUUCCAUAGGUUCCCGGUAAGAAUUGAAACGCUUUGCCAUUGCUAAUCUCGUUGUCAGUUAACUUAAAUUAGUUGCGUUUAAAAUAAAUGUAGAUACUGAGAACAAUGUGUGCUUGGAUAAUUGAUCAAAUAAUAAAUAGGAUUUCCAUUUCAUGUAAUGUUAUGUACACCAUCCUAGCUAUGGGAGUUUUGCGUGAGUAUCCAUAUGUGAGUCGAAAAGUUAAGAUUUUAUUUUAAAUUACACCUGUAGAAUUAAAAGCUUGAUAUGUGCUUAAAAAAAACCAAGCUCUAGAUUUGUACGAGUAUCGCAUUAAAAUAAUUUGUUCUAGACCCUAGUCGUCAAUUCGAUGAGCUUUUUCAUUGCUAACUUGAUAAAAUGUGUUUGUGGCUUGUGGAUGUUGGAUCGAUAUACUAAUCUGAUUUAUAAGAUAUUUUAAAAUUAUGUCCCUAACUUUAAAGGAAAAAAGGAAUGUCAGUUAAUAAUAUUUGUUGCGUGUUUAGCGCAGAUAUGAUCGGAAGUCCCAUGGCUCUGACAUCCCCGGGCUACGUGUACCAGGUGGAGCCUGAAAGUUACGACGGGCUGCUGGAGAGGAUCACUUUCGCCGAGGCGCCCUGCAUGCAAGUGGCUCCGUCUCUCCCCGUCGAGUUGGCUGCUUUACAGACGAGCGCAGAACCCCCACGGCUCCGGCAUCCAGAUGAGAUCUCCAUGCUGUCCUUCGCCGACACCUACCCCGAUGGAUUCGCCAACGACGCUUUCUCGGGCUGGCACUACUUCCCGCAGAUCCCCUUCCAAAGCCCGUUCAGCGCCGUCUACGACUACUCCUACGAGCCCGCCUUCAUCCGCAAGCGCAACGAAAGGGAGCGGCAGAGGGUGAAGUGCGUGAACGAGGGCUACGCCCGGCUGAGGCAGCACCUCCCGCAGGAGCUCUCGGAGAAGCGGCUCAGCAAGGUGGAGACGCUGAGAGCCGCCAUCAGCUACAUCAAGGAGCUGCAGACCGUGCUGGGGGGGCACGGAGACCAUGUGGAGAGGGAGGCGGCCGGAGACGCCCUUCCCCGGGCAACAGGUGGGGUGGAAACAGACGGCGUCGCUGCCCCGGAGAAGCGCUCGGUUUGCAGCAGGGUUAGCGGAAACUCGCAGCCGAGGUAACCCCGGGGCAACUCAGCCGGGAAAAUGGAAGGAGCACGGUGACUCUCAUCCAUUCUACCCCCGCCGUAAAGUUGCGGAUGCAUUGCAAACGUUGGCAGGCAAUGCGAGCUUGGGGAUAAGGGGGUAGUUUCUUGCUGUAACUGACAGUGACAUAUCCCCUUUUAGAAUUUAGAUAUUUAAAUUGUAAUUCACUGACAAUAACACCCCACUUGGCACCAAAUAAAAUAUUUGGCCAGCGCAAAUUAUUAAAAUAAAUCAAAAUUGACAAGUUUAUUCCUUUGAGGCAGGAGACGAGGGGAAUAGAUAGGGAAAUACAGGCAGUCUUUUUUCCCGGCUAGGGGAAUCAAAAACUUUAGGACAUCGUUUUAA